UACAUAUUUUAUCACGCUUAAUAUAAACAAUGGUUAUUGAAAUAAUAAUCGGACCAACAGUUUAAUUAAAUAUUUUAAAAAUUAAUAUAUUUGCAAAGUAAAUUUAACUGAAUUUUGCAUUUCUAAAAACUCUUUUUUUGUUUGUUUCAGAACACAUCAUAAACGUGACUGUAAGAGCCAACCAACCAGCUCAAGUGAGGUUAAAGCUGCCAGCCCCCUACCAAUUGGAGCCACAGAUAUUUAUCAGUGAGUUCGCAGAACUUCAAUCACUUACUGAUGAUCAAAGGUUUGCGCUUUUAACUACAGUUUGGCCAAUGCCAGCAACAUUUCCAGCCACAAAAUUUAGUUCAAAUAACAGAAGUUUUGUUCAAAAUUGGCUCACUUUGUAUCCUGGUCUUGUGUACAGUGCAAAGACAGAUGGGGCAUUCUGUAGAUAUUGUGUGGCCUUCUCAGAUGGAACUCGAGGUGCUCUAACCAACAGCCUUUUCAGGGACUGGAAAUAUGCAAAAUCUAAAUUUAAUGGACAUUUCAAUGGUUUUGCUCCACCCCUUCAGACUUCAAAAAAAUGGUGGCAAAGGACAUAAUAAGCAUCUGCAGUGCAAAGUUCUAAGUGAAGAAUUUUUUAACAAAAUGAACAGCCGAUCAAACGUGCACCUAGAAAUUAACCGUGCACUAGCCGAGCGUGUUGCAAAUAAUGCAAAAGUAAUUGAAAAUGUGGCAAAGACAGUGUUGUUGUGUGGUCGACAAAAUCUAGCAAUGCGAGGAGAUAGGGAUGACUCCAAAUACUUUGGGGAAGGAACCAACACUGGGAACUUCCAAACACUUUUGAACUUCCGUGUUGAAAGUGGAGAUGAAAUUUUGAAAGAACACUUCAAAACUGCUCCAAAAAAUGCUACAUAUAGGUCCAAGACGAUACAAAACGAACUCAUAAGUUUGAUUGGGAGUCAGAUUCAAGACCAGAUUGUUAAUGACCUCAACAAAGCUGGCGGAUGGUUUACUGUCUCUGCUGAUGAAGUUUAAGAUGUGUCAAACAAAGAACAACUGGCAAUCUGUGUUCGCUCUUCGAAUUAUGAUGGUUCUAUAUGUACAGAUGAUGUACAAGAACGAUUCCUCUCCUUGCAAGAAGUUAGUGGGGACACAAGAGGGGAGGCUUUUUCAGAUACAAUUUUGAACAUCAUCACCAGUUUGCGGCUUGACCCGACCAAGAUGAGGAGCCAAUGUUAUGACGGAGCAGGCAACAUGAUGGGCAAAGUUAAAGGUGUUGGCUCUAGAAUUCUCCAGCAGUAUUCAAAAGCCCUUCCAUUCUGGUGUGCUUCACAUCUUCUGAAUCGCUGCAUUGUUGCUGCCUGUGAUGUAAAGGAAGUCCGUAACAUGAUGGGUAUUGCAGAUAAGUGUUGCUGGUUCUUCAACAACUCAGCGAAGAGACAGACUUGUGGCAGCUCUUGAGCAGAUGCCAGACCAGCCUCAAAGAAGAAAACUUAAGGAAUUGUGUAGGACCCGCUGGGUACAACGCCAUGAUGCCUUCGAGGUCUUCCUAGACUUCCUCCCAGCAACGAUUGAUGCCAUUGAAAAUAUUCUGGAGUAUGAAAGUCGCCCGGACUCACUGACUGAUGCAAAUGGAAUUCUGAGCGCCAUCACAUCAUUCCCAUUUAUUAUUGCCCUGGUGAUUGCUCUGCGUUGCUUGGCGUACAUCAAGUCUCUCAGCAUUGUUCUUCAGGGCAGAGAACUUGAUUCGGAAGAGGCUUUGAAGAAUGUCCGCCAUGUGAAGGACACCCUGCAAAACAAGCGUGACUCUGUUGACAACUUCCAUGGCUGUCUGUAUGAGGAGGCUGUGGCUGUAGCCAAAGCUGUCGGAGUGGACCCUUCAAUCCCAAGGCGAUGUUGCAGACAGACACAACGAAACAACAUCCCAGCAGACACUCCAGAAACAUACUACAAGAGGGUUUGAACCAUUCCAUUCCUGGACCACCUGCUGCAGCAGUUUAGUGAGCGUUUUACAACGCUUCAUGAGAGGGCUUCUUCUGCACUCCUCCUUAUUCCAUCAGUUAAACAGGACCUGGACAACACCAGUCUGGAGUACUACUUAGAUGACCUCCCUUCACCAGGAACACUUCAGGCAGACAUGCUGGAGGUGUAAGUGGGUAAAUGAUCCCAACCCCCCUUCAACAUUAAGUGCUGCAUUAAAAGCAUGCCAUAGACAGAUUUUCCCAAACAUUUAUACAAUAUUAAACAUUGCAGCAACAUUUCCAGUGACAAGCUAUGAAUGCGAAAGGAGCAUUUCAACGUUAGGGAAUGUAAAAACAAGCUGUCGUUCAACAAUGGGGGAAGAAAGACUCACUGGUCUGUGUCUGAUGUCAGUGCACAGGGACAUUGAUGUGAAUGUUAGUGACAUUGUAAAGCAAUUUGCAAGACAGAAUCCAAGAAAAAUGAAACUGCCUUGUAUUUUGGAGUCUGAUUUAAGCAAUGAAGACAAUUACUUGUGUUAAGUUAAAGAGAGUGAAAGCUUGUACAUUUUUCUGAUGACAGUUUGAAAAUUGUGAUUUUUUUGUUUGUUUGUAUUUGUUACUUG